AUGGCUUCUGGAACGACUGAAUCGUUGACCUACGAGGAUCAUAUAGCGACGAUGGCGCGUUUGUUGGAGGCAGCCAUUGAAGGAAUCGUUCACGAUAUCGUGCUAGAAGUGCACAGGGAGGAAAAGAUUGCUCGUAUGCAGACAGCCGUUGUCGACCUGAAUAUCAGAGCUGAAAAAUUGGGCAAAACCAUCAGUGAUUCUAAUGUUGAUGCUGAGCCAGUAGAAACAAAAGCAGCAGUAGCACACAAUGGUCAGAUUGCUCUUCGGGGCAACCCUUUGAAACAAGUCAAACACAGUCGUUGUCCGAAUUGCAGAAAGUUACGGCUGUGGUAUCCUCGUGUCGGCUUCAACUCCAAGCCUCCUCCCGAUCCUACUGUCGAGUACUGCAAGACCGAACCUGUGAUUAUUCUUGAUAAACAUGAUGUGCAUGGGCAGAGGAAGAAGGGCGUGAAGAUGAAGGGACAACCGAAAGGGAAGCUCAAAAACAACAAACUUAGAGAUACAUCCCCAGCCUCUAGUAUAGGAGAUCCAUCCACGCCACAAUCCUCCAUGCCUGAUGCCUUCGACUUUAAAGAGAUAGACUACCCUGCUGCGAAGUGUCCAAACAGAAACUCACAUCUAGGCGACCACUGGAAAGCAGUCAAUUUGUUUGCAACACAUCUGAACGGGAGUUGUUGGCUUAAGAGAGAUCGUGCUGCGAAAGGAGAAGCAAAUGCCAAGAUGUCGGGAACGCCAAAAGAUAGACGUGCGAAUUCACCCAAGCCUGCUAUUACCAAUGGCGUGAAGAGGAAAUCCGAUGAGAAGGACUCAGAUUCAGCUCCCAAGAAGAAACAGAAGUUGCUUGACAUCAAGAAGCUUGACAAGAAACCUGCUCCUCAACCGAGUAAGCUUAGGGAACAAUCCACCGCCGGAGAUGACGACGAUGGUUCAGUGAAAGGUGAAGGCGAUACAAUCCAGGUAACGCCUAAAUCUGUACCCGAAGAGUCUGCUGGCAAGCUCAAGUUCAACAGUUCGGGAGUGGCUAGGAAGAAGCCGCCCAAGACAGGCAAGAAGUCAUGA